CAAUAGUUUUUUUUCCAACCCGCAAGUUAUCUUGUACAGACAUUGUGUUUGUGAAUUGUGAUUACGGAACGCGUUUAAAGACGUGUUUCAUGAAAGCAAGCUGAGGUUUUAUUACUGGCGUAAAGCCAUUGAUGGAUACGAUUCAAACGCUUGAAGAAAAUGAUUCUCGUUGUUUUGCUCUAUUCAUGUUUUCUUCUGGAUGGAGUGUUUGGUGGCGUUAAGACUGAUGAGAUAAACGUGUCAGUGAUGGAGGGAGGUUCUUUCACUCUCCCCUCUGGUCUUACCGUAAUACACAGCGAUGAUGAGAUCGAGUGGAGGUUUGGAUCGAACAAAACUCGAAUAACCAGAAUAGCGGCGGGAAACGUAACUAAAUAUGAUGACGAGAGAUUUAGAGAUAGACUGCAGCUCGAGAGACAGACUGGAGAUCUCACCAUCACAAACGUCAGACAGGAACACAGUGGAGUUUAUCAGCUGAGCAUCAUUAUCAGUAAUAAGAAGUCAAUCAUGCGAUUCGGUGUCACUGUUUAUGCUCCUCUACCCGUUCCUGUGAUCUUCAGUGACGCUUCACAAUGUUCUUUAUCACCUGAAAGUUCAAGGAUAGUCCUGUGUUCAGUGUUGAAUGUGAGUCAUGCGACUCUCUCCUGGCUCAAAGGAAUGAGUGUAUUGUCCAGCAUCAGUGUGUCUGAUCUCAGCAUCAGUCUCUCUCUACCUCUGGAUGUGGAAUAUCAGGAUAAAAACACCUACAGCUGUGUGAUCAACAAUCCUGUCAGCAACCAGACCACACAUCUGGACAUCAACACACUCUGUCAGUCCUGUCCAGACUGCAACCUUUGUUUUGACACCACCGAAGCUGUGAUCCGAUUGGUCGUCACUGCUCUGAUGGGCGUGGCUGCUGUGGCUGCUGUUGUUCUUCUGGUUAAUGACAUCAGAAGAGUUGGAAGAGCACAGACGAUCAAACAGUGAUGUCCAUGAUAUUGUAUAGCAAUAAUAAAUAUCCUGACUUUUUGUUUA